AUGUUUUUCAGUCGCUUGACUGGUGAGGAAGGCAAAGAAUUCACUGCAGAUGUCAGAAGACACUUUCCUCGGCUUUGUAAAGUGUUUAAGGAGCACAUUUCUAGUCAAAACUCAGAGCUAAGUAAUGCAGCAUUACAGGCAUUGGGAUUCUGUGUUUUUAAUUCAAGUAUUACAUCUCAGUUAUCUGCAACUGAAAUACGAGGCUUGCUUUCAACGGUGAACAGUGUUGCUGUAAAAACUUCAGACAAAAACACUCGCACUCGGGCACUUUGGGUGAUAUCUAAACAGGCGUUUCCUUCUGAAAUUGUUAAAGAAGAGGUGUCCAGUAUUAUUUCUACUCUGGAAACGAUACUUACUAAAGGAGAUGUACAGUCUAUGGUGGUUGAAUAUGAAGCACUGAAUGUUGUUAUACGCUUAAUGGAGCAGACUCCAGCCCAGAUGGGAGAAGAGGCUGUGAGGUGGGCAAAACUGAUCAUCCCUCUGGUCGUCCACUCCGCUCACAAGGUGCAGUUACGAGGUGCCACUGCUCUGGAGAUGGGCAUGCCACUGCUCCUCCAGAAACAGCAGGAGGUGGCGGCCAUCACCGAGCACCUCAUGACCACAAAAUUAAUUUCAGAACUUCAAAAAUUGAUUUCUACAAAAAAUGAAACUUAUGUCUUAAAAUUAUGGCCACUGUUUGUCAAAUUACUUGGAAAGACUCUGCAUCGUAGUGGCAGUUUUAUCAACUCAUUGCUGCAACUGGAGGAACUUGGAUUUCGUAGUGGCUCACCAGUGGUAAAGAAAAUAGCCUUCAUUGCAUGGAAGAGUCUAAUAGAUAAUUUUGCUCUAAAUCCAGAUAUAUUGUGCAGUGCUAAGAGGCUGAAAUUGUUAAUGCAGCCACUGAGCUCAAUCCAUGUGAGAACAGAGGCUUUGGCACUGACAAAGCUGGAGGUCUGGUGGUAUUUACUCAUGAGGCUGGGACAGCAGCUGCCUGCCAACUUUGAACAGGUUUGUGUACCGUUAAUCCAAAGUACUUUAAGUCUAGAUUCUUACGCUGCCUUGCAAGGAACUCCCUCGCGUUUACCACCCAACCAAAGUUUAGCCUCGGCAACUGCGGCACAGAAAUCAGGUCCUUACCCGUUUGCAAGUCCAGUCACGCCACGGAUGAACUUGAAUUCUAGCGUGACAGGAACGGUGGUGAUUCCUUCCAUUCAGCUUUUGGGAAUCGAAAUGCUGCUUCACUUCUUGAUGGGACCAGAAGUUUUAGAUUUUGCUAAGCAAAACAAACUUGUACUUAGUUUAGAGCCUCUCCAGUACCCCCUGAUCAGUAGCCCUUCUUUUUUUUGUAAGCAUGCCAGCAUGCUUAUAAAUGCAGUUCAGGAUGGCUUUAUUGCAAUUGGAAAAGAAGUUCCUGAUUGUAUGCUGAAUGUUAUAUGGAAGGACAUAAAUGGAUAUGUAAAGACAGCUAUUGAAUCAGGAAAUAAAAAAGAAAAGCAAGGAUCAGAAAUACUGACUAUGUUGCUCCAGGCCUUAAAAAACACUGUUAAAUCAAAUUCCCUUCCUGUGCAGAAAGUACUGUCCCUCAUUGAUAUUACUGUUAAAGAGUUGCCUCCAAAAGUAUUGGGAUCACCUGCUUAUCAGGUUGCUGAUAUGGAUCUUUUAAAUGGAACACCGGCCUUGUUCUUAAUCCAGCUGCCUUUCCAUGGUGACAUCUUGGAAUGCUGUGUAACAGAUGAGAGAUUCUUUGUAAUUCUAGAAACGCUUGUGGGCUAUGUUUUAUCUGGGCCUACGUCUCCACUGGCUUUCAGUGAAUCUGUGAUCUGCAUUAUUAAUCAGAGUGCAAAGCAAGUAGGAAAUAAGGAGCAUCUCUGGAGAAUGUGGAGCAUUGUUGUUAAUCCACUAACCGACUGGAUUAAUCAGACUAAUGAAGUAAAUCAGGGUGAUGCACUGGAACACAACUUCAGUGCUGUUUAUAGUGCAUUGCUGCUCCCAGUAUCACAUAUCUUCCCCGUUGAGGAAUUCCCACAGCCAACUAUGAAAUCCUUGUUGCGCACUUGGUCAGACCUGUAUAGAGCAUUUGCUCGCUGUGCUGCUUUAGUUGCAACAGCAGAAGAAAACCUAUGCUGUGAAGAACUUUGUGCCAAAAUAAUAUCUGGGCUAGAAGGUGAAACUCCAGUAAUGUUUUCAAUGAUGGAUGGUCUCACCCAUAUUCUAUCAGUUAUGGUUGACUGCAUCAACUUUGAGCCAUAUGGUACUAAAUAUCAGCCAAAAACUAGAUCUCCACAGACACCUACAGAUUGGUCUAAGAAGAAAAAGGAACCCCUUGGAAAGCUUGCCUCUCUGUUUAAACUCCUGGUGAUGUUACUAAACUCUUUCCAUGUGUUCAGUUCCAAAGAAAUCUGUUCAGAAACAUUGGUCUCUGUUGGUCCUUCAAUUCUUGCUAUUCUUCACAACAUCAUCAGCCACGUUUCAUUGCCUUCAGUGAUUGGGAUUAUGUUUGCAACUUUUUCAAAACCCCUGGCAGUGUUUUAUGAAAAAACAAAGCUUGCUGAUGUUUCUAAAGUAUACAGUAAUCUUAACAACAAGCUUGAAAAACUACUGGCUGAGAUUAUCCUGUGCUUACAGUCUCACUGCACUGGUUCUUACGACAGUGAGCUGCUCGAGCAGCUUUCUCCAUUGCUCUGUGAAGUAUUUCAGCAUAAGGGCAAACAGAUCCGCAACCAGUGUGCCCACUUCUGGAAUGCCACAUUUGCAAAGACUCCAUCGUUAACAUAUCCGGAAGAGUUAAAAUCUGUGUUAAGCCAAGCCAAAAAAAAGAUUCCACUCUUGCUGCCUGGUUUUGAAAGCAUCGAGAUAACUGAGGACUGCAGCGGCCCAUUCUCUGAUGUGAUGGAAAAUUCACAGCUGGAUGCAAAGAUAAGCGGAAUGGAAGUAAAGUUGGGUCAAACCCGAGACUCUAUAUUGGCACAGACGAAUGAACUAAAAACUGAAGUGAUAGAUAAGUCCAGUGAUGUGCACGUAACGCCCGCAAAGUUGAAACUAGAAUUUUCAUCUUUGAAGACUAAAAGUGAGAUGCUUUGGGAAGAGGAGAAAUCUGUUGAUUUUGUGUUUAUUCCUCCAGAAACAAAAGCAAGAAUACUGACAGAACAUCAAAAAGAAGUGCUUGGGACAAAGAGAGUUGAUAUUCCUGUUAUGUACAACAAUUUGGACACAUCACAAGAUACUACAUUAUUUUCUCAGUAUACUCAAAGCCAGGAGGAUUGUUUGGAAAAGUCAUCUUUAAUAGAAACUGCAGAAGAAGAUGCUAAAAUCAAGCCUCAGGAAGAAGAUGUAAAAAGUGAAGGAUGCACCAACAAAUCAGAUGAAAUCACGGAGGGCUGCGGAUCAGAUAACGCUCUUGAGAAUGUUGCCUGUGUGAGAGAGUCAUCUGUUACUGACGUGGAGGAGAGCUCAGCUCUAAACAGUGAGGGAGAGACAAAAAGGGAUACGGCCAAAACAGUUCUGGGGGAGCCAUCAGGUGGAGAGGGAGUAGAAAAAAGUAACGUGGAAACGGCCUCAAAGGGGCCUGUAGGGAACGAAAACACUUCAAAUAUCAGCAGCAGUUCAACUUCAAGUGACAUAAUUUCUGGAACGCCACAGCCCACAAGCCGACGGCAGUCUUUUAUUACUUUGGAGAAAUUUGAUAGCUCAGGGACCAGACCUGGUAGCCUUUCAGCAUUAAACAGCUCGUCUGAGAUGUCUGAAAGUGCUUCUGUGGCAGCUAAACUGGAAAGUACGAAUGGGUGCAGAACUAGUGCUAAACCAGAAAAAUCUGGAGAGGAAAAUAAACAGGCUUUAAAGCCUGAGUCUGAACAAAUAUUUACUGCAAUACGAAGGCUGACUCGCAGGCAGACUAAACUGGAACACCAAGGAAAGAACAAGGUCAUUAAGUCAGAACAAGAGAAAAGCACCCAAGAGUCUUCUGCUUCCAACAGCAUGGAAGAUACUUCUGAACUAUCUUCUUCAGUAGAAGGCAUCGAACACGUUCUCCUUGCUCAGUCCCAAGCUCUCCUUUCUACAGAAGUAGAAAUUAAAAAAAUAGAAGAUACCCUAGCAGAAAUAGAAAGGGCCCACACAUUAGAUACGGAUUCUAAAGAAAAUACCCCCCCAGAGAAGACAGUGUCAUCUGACCAAGUAACAGAAGAGGAUAGCCAGGUUCCACACAUGUCUCCUAACCAAAAAAUACUCAGACGUUCUUCAAGGCGAAGGUCAGAAACUGUAGAAAGUACGGCAAGUAGUCAGGAUAAGGAAGACAACCACCAAAAGAAAGACAGACGUAAAGACGAUGAAAAAUCCGGGCAAAAGAAGAUGCCGCAGACUAAAGAUGGAUCCCAAAAGCAGGAUGCAGUUUCUGGGAAAGCUACAGAAAAUACCAAUAAAAAAGAAAGCAGCCUCCCUCAGAGACCUGCUGCAGAGGACUCGAGCUCAAAGGAGUCUCCUGCUUCAAGGGCCCUUGAUGAGGAAGUGAACAGAAGCACUAGGAGGUCAGAAGACAACUUGAGGACUGACGUGGAGGGUCAGGACUGUAGCUCGAGUACAGUCAGUCAGAAGAAGAUUGAACGCCCACGGUACCACACCAGAAGAGCUUUGCAGGGAUUGCUUUCCAGCAUUGAAAACUCGGAGGCUGAUGCCUCUCAGACCAAGGAGGAAGGCCCAAGGAAGAAAAAACAAGCAAAACUGAAAAAUAGAAGUGAUUCUCUUGAAGGUAAAUUGAAAGAUCCACAGCCAGGAAGCCGCAGCCAUGAGGUGUCUUCCCAAGGAAAUGAAACGAAGAAUCUGUUGGAAACAAAUAAAGGGGAACUGGGCUGUGAAGUCAGCACAGAUGCCCCACAGACACCUGACCCGUGUGACCUGGAAAACCAAGUAGCUUCUGCUGACGUGAGCAAAGCUGUGGGGUCUGUCAGCACGGAGAACUCACCUGCUGCACGGAAUGUGAACUUGGAGCAAAGCAAGAGCAGUGCCCUGAUGGAAUCCUCCAGCAACCUGUCUGCAGCUGAUCAAAAUUUGAAAGCGGCAGAGGCGAGUAAACAACCUGGGAAGGAAAUGCACCAGGAAGACUCUUCAGCUGCUCUGCCUGAGCGCGCACCAGGAGCAGAUGCUUCAGGUGGUGAUCGUUCCUCUUUGCAAAUACCUGAGUGUCAGCACAAAAGAAGCAAAAGGCUGAAAAAACUGAGGAGCUCUGAUUGCUGUUGUAAAAAGCCCAAGCAGCAAGCGAUGUCACUCACUGAAUCAAAAAGUGUGAAUGCCUCUGAAGCAAACAAGCCCCAAACCACGCCAGUUCAGCCAUCUGUAAAUCCAUCAGAGGUGCCCGGCAACGCGGACUUUGACGAGAGCUUGUCCAUGGCACCUUGUGCGAUGAGCACUCCACUGCAGCCUUCGAAGGAGCCCCGUGCCUCGGGCUUGGAGAGUGAGGGAAGGUCUGAGAACAACCUGCCAGGUGGGAGUGUUGGCAUGGAGGAGGAGGAUCUGGAGUGUACGGCAGGUGACGUUACGGACUGCAUGGUGGGAGGAGAAGAACCUGCUGAUCAGAAUGACCGAACCGAACGGUCUGAGUGCGUUUUGGUUGAGCCUGGUAAGAGCUGGCUGGCUGCAAGGCAGCAGAGCGAAGAGCCAGCAGCUACAGAAAAGGAAGAAGUGGAUCAGAACGGCCAGCUGGAGGAGAGACCCGAGACACUGAUUGAUAGAAAACCCGAGAAAAACCAGAUGGGUGAGGUAGAAAGCAAUCAGGACAAUAAAGAAGCUGAGAACGCCGUAGGAGAAACGUGUACUAUUCAAAAUAGAGAGAAGGAGGAAUUGGUGGACGCUGAAAUGACAGUGCCUGAAAACGUGGCCUUAGACAAAGAAGAUGCAGUAGAAAAUAGCAGUGUGGAUUCACCUCAGAAGCAGGAAAAUCGCGAUUCUUUAGCGUUAGUUAAUGGAAGCCCUAAUAGUGUGCAGGUACGCUGCACGUGGUCUCCUUCAGCUUCGCCAUCCACUAGUAUUUUAAAGAGAGGUGUAAAAAGGACUCAAGAGGAUGAUUCCCUGUCGCCUGCUAAUAAGAUUCGUCGAGUCUCUUUUGCAAACCCAAUUUAUCAAGAAGGCCUGGCGGAUGACAUAGAUAGGAGAAGUCCUGUCAUUAGAUGCCAUUCUUCUUCACCACCUUCCCGAAGUCUUAAAAUUUUAUCUAAUAUCCAGGCUAAGCUUAUUACCACUCCAACCAAAGGAUUUCUGUCCCCAGGAUCUCGUAACCCUAAAUUUAAGAGCUCAAAGAAGUGUUUAAUUACAGAAAUGGCAAAGGAGUCACUGCCUUGCCCUACAGAAUGUGUGUACCCUGCCUUGGCUGGCUGCAAAGCACCAGUUGAUGUCAUUUUGCCUCAGAUUACAUCAAACAUAUGCGCCAGAGGCUUGGGGCAGCUCAUUCGAGCAAAGAACAUUAAGACAGUGGGUGAUCUGAGUACUCUGACAGCAUCAGAAAUCAAAACUCUUCCCAUCCGCUCUCCGAAAGUUUCCAAUGUUAAAAAAGCUCUUAAGGGAUAUCAUGAGCAACAGGUAAAAUCUCGAGGAUUUGAGGAAAUAGGGGUGCUUGAAGACGCAGAGAAAUCUGUAAAUAACGUAGAGGAUAAAGCUCUUCCUGUAGAUGAAGAAAAACUUGCAACAGAUUUAAUUGAACCAGUUGUCCUGAGCACAAAUGACCAGCCCGCAGCAGAUCUUCUGAGCCAGAUCGAUGCCCUUGCUGCUCAGCUGACCGCUGAGGAGCUGCACGGCUACUCGGGAAGCCAACUUUUUGAGAUGCAAGAAAAACUUGUUGGCAUGACAAACUGUAUCAUGAAAAACCUGCAGUCCCGCUGGAAAUCGCCACCCCAUGAAAGUUCUGAUUAGUUGCUUAUCAUUUCAGAGUAAAGAUUUUGUGGGGUUUUUUCCCCCCAAAACCUGCUUUUCUCACUGAUUAAUUUUAAACUGUGCAUUUUGUACUAUAGAAGAUUUUUUAACACCUAUACAAACAAAAUUUAUUGUUUGGUUGGUUUUUUUUUUUCCCUUGGGUUAUUUUUUUUCGCUCUAAUUUGUGGGAUUGCUUACUCCCUGUUUAGAGGUAUUUGUAUCGUAUUGCUAUGCAUAUUUCUUUCAGGCGGUGAAAGAAAACUUGAUAAAGUUGUGCAAUAGCAAAGACUGUGAAACCAAACCAACAGAGUACUUUAAAUUAUAUUUUCAAAUCCGAAGUGUUCUUAGUGCUGCAAACUCAUGAUUGGGUGAGAGAUCGAGCUCGCAGCUCUGCUCAGCUGCUGCCCCUGUUUGUUUCCUUUAAAGUGGCUGACCCUGGCUCUUCCCCCACUGUUUUUGACUGAGAUAAAGCUGAGCUUAAUUCCUUGCAGCAGCAACAGUCCAGGAGCCUGAUAUUUGACAACUGGAUGACAUCUAUUUUUUCAUGUAUUUUUGUAAGAAUCACACUAAGAAGCUGAUAAUGAAAUGUACUCUUAAAGGUGAAAGACUUUGCAGAACUUCUCAGGCUUUUUCCCAUGUUCUUGGUUUGCAGCAGUUCUUCUGUGGAAAAGACUUUUUUUUCCUUGGGGAAACAAGGGGGGGGGGUGCCAGGAGCUCUUUGUAUAUUAUGUACAGACGUACGGCAAAUGUUGGUUAAUUUAUGACUCUUAAUUGCAUGGAAUGCAUUGCUGCUUCUCAGACCUUCAGAGCGAGUUCUUGGCUUUUACUCUGGAAAUGGAAUUUGUAUAUAUUGUACUGUAGCUACCAAAAGGGA